UCAAUAACCAUUCGUAUACAUACAAAAUAUCUCGGGAAAUGGCUGUAAAUUCACCACCAAAUCUUGUAGCGCGAUGCUUUUUUGGCCUACGAACAGAUAUACAAUACAAUGCCCAUUAUCUCUCCGACUCCGAGGUUUUGUACCCGGCCGGCGGCGUCAUCGUCAUACAUAACCAUCUACAAAAGAAACAAAAGUUUAUCAAACUUCAAGACAAACACAAACCAAUAAAAUCUCUGGUGCUGGCUCCAAACAGGCGAUGGCUGGCUCUAAACGAAAUAGCCGACGAAGGGCAGAAGCCCAUAAUCACAAUCUACGACUUAAACAUAAAUAAGAGGAGGAAGAUCCUUACAGUGCCCUUCGAGAAUUCUACGGCUCGGGAGUUCGCCUGUCUGCAGUUCACACACGAUUCCAAGUACCUAGUGGCAGUCACUGGCGAGCCAGACUGGUACUUGUACUACUACAACUGGGAUAAAGGAAAGGUGGAGAGCCACGCCAAAGCUCAGAAUCCUAGCGGACAAGGAACCGUUGAUAGCGUACAAUGCAACCCGACGGAUGCGACGCUAAUAGUGGUGUCCGGUCCGUACACGUUUCGCAUUAUGAACGUCGCCGAAACCGUAUGGCGGCAGUGGGGCUGGUGUAAGGCGGAAAAUACAAUCGUCACUUCUUGUAUGUGGUUGACUCCUGACAGGAUUUUGUUUGGAACGAGCAAGGGAGUGAUCAUGAUGGUGGAGAAUGGCGAGCUGCGACAAAAUUGCAUAUUUAAAGCCAUGGAAGUCAUAGACAUGUCAUUGAAGAAGACAGAAAUCGAGGUUGAAGAACCAGAUAAAACGAGCGUAGCUACGAAACAACUGGACGCGGGCUCAAGUAGCGAUACUGUCGACAGUGCAGAAGCACACCCUGUUACAAGUUUGGUCAGUUUUCCUAAAGGGUUUGCAUAUGCCUGUGGUCCCGGCUUCGUCCAUAUGUUCGAGAAGGAAUCACCGCAUCAUUGGAGGAAGAGAAAUCUUUAUAGGAUUUCAAGAAAAUCUUACAAACAUACCCGGGAGUACCCAGUGUGGUCACCCUUGGAUACAGUCCGCCAUAUAGCGGUGGAUCCCAGUCAGGAAACGUUGCUCAUUACCACGAUGAGAAAACAGCUUUACUACGUAAAAUUAUUCGGUCAGCACAUACUACAGAACCCUGAAAUACCCUUCAUAGAACUCGGUCCAGCUAUGCAUUACGGUAAGAUCAACUCUCUAUCGCUGUGCGCGUGGAAGUCAAUAUUCAUGACGUCGGGAGAGGAAGACAAGAGCAUCAGGAUAUGGAACUAUGUGACUGAUGAAGUAGAGCUGAUCAAGCUUUAUCAGGAGGAAAUACACUGUGUGUCUCUACAUCCAACUGGACUCUUCGCGAUAGUCGGGUUUUCUGACAAGUUGCGUUACAUGGUGGUACUGAUCGACGACUUCGAAGUGAUGAGGGAGUUCCCUAUACGGAACUGUAAGAGGGCUCAGUUUAGUACCAACGGGCACAUGUUCGCGGCUGUCAACGGUCAGGUCAUACAAGUCUUCUCGUCCGUGUCCUUCCAGAAUAUCUACAAUCUUAAAGGGCAUAAUGGAAGGAUAACUUGCCUCGCUUGGUCCUCCUGUGAUUUGACUCUCGUAUCUUGUGGUACGGAAGGAGCAGUCUAUGAAUGGAGUACAUCAACAGGACAGAGAGUUGGCGAAAUAAUACUCAAGACCAACCAAUUCAACGCCUGUGCAGUAAACAGUAUCGGAAAAACAACUUAUGCUGUUGGAACGGAUGGUGAACUAAAAGAAAUUGGCGCUAAUAUAAUCCGAAGAAAUUUGAGUUUGAUUGGGUGUGGGCUAGAUACAAUAGUUCUAUCAAGAUCUGAUAUAAUGCUAUUCGUUACUGGGGGCGAAGGGGGAGUUACUGGUGUACAACUACCUUUACUAGAUAAAGCUAUAUUCAACGAAUUCCACAUGCACAAUAAGAAAGUAACUGCAAUUGCCCUGGCGUAUGAUGACCAGACCCUAGUAUCGGUUGCAGAGGAUUCGUCGAUUUGUAUAUGGAGACUAACUAACGCUGAUGGUAGAGCUAUAGCAUUAGAUAAAGAUUUCGCGUAUUCCAAAGAAAUACUCAUAAGCAAAAAGGAUUUGCAAGAUAAAAUUAAUAACAUAAAUUUACUGAGCACAAGGAUGAGUGAAUUGGAAACAGAACACACGUAUCAACUUCGACAAUCAGAAGCGUUACACGCGGAGAAAUUGAAAGAAGUACACGAAGGGUAUUGUGUAGCUAUUGAAGAACUCAAGGCUAAGAAUGAGCAAAUGGAAAAUGAACACACGCACGAAAUUGGUAUGAUACAACAAGACAUAGUAAAGCUACGGACUGGUCACGAAAGAACAUUACAAGCUUUGGAAGCAGAUUUCAAUGUUAAAUUGAUAAAUGAAUACGACAGGUAUCAGUCCUUGGAAGACAAGACGGCUCGUAUGAGACAAGAAUACGAAGAAAGACUUGAAGAGCUUGCUGAAAGUAAGCGUAACGCUUUGAGAGAAGUUAAUCGUACGUUCGAAGCUAAAUUAGAAGAAAAAGAUGUUUUGCUGCAAGAGCUACAAGAACAAGCGGACCUAGAAAAAAAGGAACACGAAACUAUAAAAGCAUCGAUUGAAGAGGAUGCAGAUAGAGAGAUCAUAGAAAUAAGAACCGCGUACGAAAUACAACUGAAAGAAGAAAAAGACGCCAACGUGCGAUUGAAAGGAGAAACGGGCCUCAUGAAAAAGAAACUAAUAUCAGCGCAUAAGGAAAUUGAUGACUUCAAACAUCAAGUAUCACAAUUGAAAGCGGAACAUAAACAAUUUCAAAAAGUUAUAUCUUCCCUCGAAAAAGAUGUAACUGAUCUAAAGAAAGAAAUAGCGGAAAGAGAUGGCACUAUACAAGACAAAGAAAAAAGAAUAUACGAGUUGAAACGCAGAAAGCAAGAGUUGGAAAAAUACAAAUUCGUUUUGAAUUUCAAGAUCACGGAAUUAAAGAAUCAGAUCGUGCCGUUAGAACGUGAAAUAAUCGUUAGAAAGAACCGCACUCUUGAACUGGAGGUGUCUUUAGAAACUCUCCUAAAGCAAAAGGCAUUUCGUGAACUCAAAAUCGGCCAGCUGAAUGAGAAAGUGCUGUCUGCAAAACGGGACUUCAUACAUGAGUUAAACAAAAACGUGACCUUCAAAAAUACACUGAAGAAGAUCAAAAUCGACCUCCAUAACAUGACCGCCACAAUUCAAGAUCCAACGAAGUUAAAAGUCCGUAUUAAGGAUUUAUUCCACAAGUAUGUGGAAGAUGACGAAUUUCUCCAAGUUCGCAAAGGAGAAGAGGAGGCAAUGGGAGAGUUUAACCGCCAGAGAGACCACUUGGAGCGGCAGAUAGCCGGUCUCAAGACGCAGCUGGCCAAGUCGCAGGGAGGAGCUAAGGGGGAUGUCGUGAGGAUAAUGGAUGAAAACUGUACCCUGCUAGAGGAGAUAAACAGUCUCCGACAUGAGCUGGCGGCGACGCGGGCGAGGUGCGGGGAGAUGGAGUCGCUGCUCGGGCUGCACGCCGCGCCGCCGGCCGCCGCGCGCGAUAUACUAAGACACGCCACAGAGGACCGCGACAGACUCGACGACGUGUAUAGACAGAGGGUCAAAGAAAAAGAAGAAGUCAUUGCAUCUCUGAGAAAUGAAAAUGAACGACUUUUGGACAAACUGCGUUCUACGACUGAAAAUCGCGAACUACUCAAUGAAGAAACUUAAUAUAUUAUCUGUGUAUGUAAUAUAAUAUAUACAUAGGUUCCUCUUUGAUCUUAAAUGUUUGUCAUUAUACUAUAGAUAGGCCAUAGGGCAUUAAAGCAACUGUUUGCUGCAAAUAUCGUCUUUUAUUAUAAAAAAUUCUUAAUUAAAUGCUUUUCAGACAUUUCUUUACAUUACUUAUGUAAGGAUGUAUUAGAAUAACUUCACUCAUUAAUAUAAUGUUUAGCGU